AUGGCGCCUCUUCGACUCCUCGUGGUACCGGCCUUCGCCGCUCUCGUUGCGGCGCUCAACAUCACCGAGUAUGUUCCCUCCUGCGGGCCGACGUGCAUCUUCGACACCGUCGUCGACCACACGACCUGCGACGUCAGCGACAAUGCGUGUAUCUGCCUCGACGUCUACACCGUGAAGAGGGACGGCGAGGUGUGCCUGCGGAAAGCCUGCAGCGUAACAGACUAUGGUGGCGUGAUGAGUGGCCUCGAUGAAUUCUGCAAAGCCGUCUCGAGCUCGCCGACGACCACUGCGUCAUCCACGGCAAUCACGUCAACCACGUCUACCACCGCAAACACGGACUCUUCCUCAACGUCGACGACUGCUACGACGACGGCUACAACGACGUCAGAGAGCAGCUCCGGAAGCCCGACCACGACGCCCCCAUCGACAACUUUGCCGUCAACGACAGCAUCUGAAAGUUCCACAUCCACGGCAACUGAUACAAUCCCGUCAGCCUACCCGAUUUCCUCAACUGGCGCUGAAAGUCCUUCAUCAUCCUCUUCGCCGGCUUCCGAAUCCACCAGCGGCUCACCUCAGACCUCGGACACCCUGAUUCCCACCACCACCAGCGUGGUGGUACCAACUGGAGCUACCACAGUAGUCACCACCUCAACCGCUGCCGCAGGCCCCGGCUCGAAUGCCACCAGCCCCAUCUCGUCGGCCUCCCCAGGUCCCACCGUUGGUACGGGCGCAGGUGCCAGAGCACAGGCUGGUAUCGGAGCAGGCAUCGGCAGCAUUCUGCUGGUCAGCGGACUGGUGUUUUUCGGCUUGUAA